UAAUUGAAGUUAUUUGUCUUCCUAUGAAAAAAAAAAGAAAAGAAAAAAAAGACACAAUGUUUUGGCCCAAAAACGGAAAGCCCCCUAAUCCCUUUAUGGACGGUUGCCCAACCGUUCAUCAUGCAUGAAGAGCCACGUUCUAUGGCACUCUUAACCUUUUUUUGGGAAAAUAUAAUAACAGUGACUUCAAAAUCUCUCGAGGGAUGGAUUAUCCUUCAAUUAUGAAUGAGUCUGAGAAGGGGUCAUCGGUUUCUGUACCAUCAGCACCCCCUCAACCGCCAAAUCCUUCUUCAGAGAUCGACCACUCCAAUCAUUGGACAGCCACUGGAGUUCCAGUCCAUAUGACAAACCAACCAAACCCUCCUCCAAGACCUGCUGCCAACCCUGACUUGAAAUCUCAUCCUGAAUCUCCGGUACCUUGGUCCACUGGACUCUUCAAUUGUUGCGAUGAUGUUAACAGUUGUUGCUUAACUUGCUGGUGUCCAUGUAUUACAUUUGGGCGAAUUGCAGAAAUUGUUGAUAGAGGAUCGACUUCAUGUGGAGUGAGCGGAGCACUUUACACGUUAAUAUUGUUCGUGACUGGUUGUUCGUGUUUGUACUCAUGCUUUUACCGAUCCAAAUUGAGAGGACAGUAUUUUUUGGAGGAGAGCCCAUGCACAGAUUGCUGUAUCCAUUGUUGUUGCGAGGAAUGUGCUUUGUGUCAAGAGUAUAGAGAGCUCAAGAAACAUGGCUUUGACAUGUCCAUAGGGUGGCAUGGGAACAUAGAAAGGCAGAAACGAGAAGCUAAAAAGCCUCCAGCAGUGCAAGGGGCCAUGACGCGGUGAAUUGUAUAGCCACAAAAUAUUGUUGCAAUGUACUAGUACUUCUUAUCUUAAUUAAGCCUGUAUGAACCAUUUAUAUCUCUGACAAAUUAGGUGUCUACAAAACUGUCGGUGACAGUAUUGAGAUUCGUUGAUUUGUCGUGAGCACCAAUUAAAAUUGCCUUAUUGGGAUCCUUAAUUAUUAUAAUAUUGUAUUAAUUUUAACGGUGUA